AUGUAAUCAAAGUAAAGGCCAAAGUAGUUGGACCCCAUCAAACGAGUGAAGGAAACAGGUCCUUUCGACUCCGGAAGCCCCUUGUCCUUCAUAAACUCAAUGUGGUAACCUCAACCAUCCGAAGCCAAAAGGAAGCAUCAGAAGAAAGUUACUCAAAUUUAAAAAAAACUGGAAUACGACAUUCAGGAGGCUCUAAAACAGACCGAUUACGAUGAAAGUUGAUUUUGAAAAUAAACAAUAGGAAACAUUCUGCACAGAGCUUGUCUUGAUUAGCAAAUCAAACAGAUCAAAGACAUCAUUGAAGAUCUGGUCGCUAAGAAAGACGAUGCUGCUCUCCAGGAAUGCCUCGUAAAGUAAGACAAAUUUCACUGUUAACCCUUGUUGCUGUGUUGCAUCAAGCCCAAAACCUUGGAAUCCGAUUAGAUCAGAAUGUUGUGCAUUCAAUUUUUAUUGAAUCCUUGCAAAGAGAAACCCCUCAUCAAGGCAGACGUGAAUUGCUUCAAUCCAAGAACAUUGUGGACUUGCUUGCAUUGGGCAGCAUAUUAUGGCGACAAGGAAAGUGUGGAGGUGUUGCUCGAGAAUAACAUUCAUGUUUUCUUGCCUGAUUACAAGGGACAAUACGCAGUGGAUUUGGCAGGUAAGAAUAAGUACGAGGAGGUGGUGACUCUAAUAAUAAUGCGGAGUAUUGAAAUAUUGGAAUAUCUGAAAUAUGGAAGUUAAUAGAAGUACAAGGCUUACUUUGAGAGUCUCACUCCAGACCUUCUGAAACACUUGAACAACCCAUUGUUUUUAUGCAAGUUGAUAUAUUGGUCAGCCUUGUAUGAAGUGGACAGUAAGAACUCAACAUUAUUGUAAUUUAAACGAGCCUAUUCCUUUUUCCCAUUGUAAAUGCAAUUUCAUUUAUGUUUAGUAAGUCUUUGAAAAUGAAGACUGCCUUGCAUGCCGCAUGUCAGAGUCACAAAGGCAAUGAAGAGUUUUUGAAUGAAGCAUUCCGAGUUUUUGAGGAGACCUUGUUUGGAUUCAGCAACGACGAUUUGACUAAGAUCAUUCCUCACAAGAAGCCAACAAUUCAAGUGAACAGUGUGUUUGUGUUUUCCGAAGAGGAUCUCAAAAAAUAUAGAGACGAAUUUCAGAAGGAAGUCUUGCUGUUGGCAGAGUGGGAGAAGGAAGUCUUGACCAAAAUCAAGAUAAUCAAGAAUUACACUUAAUAAAAGUAGAGAUAGAAAUACUUCAAUGAUUUUUAUGCGAUCUAUGUGAAUCAGUAAGAUGCUUAUGGUAAUUCCCCUUUGCAUGUUGCAUCCAUAAAGGCAUUUAAAAAAGGGAUUAACAUUUUGAUGGAGAAAUAAGCUAACAUGGAAUUGGAGAACAAUGAAGUGUUUAAAGCAAGAGAAUUGACGCAAGAUGAGGAUGUUCUGGAGUUGUANUGA